AUGGCUGAAGCCCUUUCUCUUGCUUCUAGCUUGGUUGCGCUAGCUGGAUUUGCUUUCCAGACCAGCAAGUCACUGUACCAAGUGAUUGAGAGUUUCAAGACUACAAAGAGAACUGUUCGCGAACUUCGGUAUGAACUUGAUUCUUUGACUCAAGCGCUCGCAACACUUCAGCAGGCUGCUGCGAAUAAUGAGGACCAGCUGGUUGCCUUGAAACUGCCUUUACUGCGGUGUGGAAAAAUCUGCAAGGAAUUUGAAGAAGUAAUCAACAGUUGUAUCUCUCAUUCACAUGGUCAACGCGCAAGCUUCCGGGACUGGGCAAAGUUACAGUAUAUGGGAGGAGAUAUCGAAAAUAUUCGGAUUACUCUAGCUGGCUACAAGGCGACAAUCAAUAUUGCUCUCGGAGGCGCCACCUUCCGUCAAGCUAACGUUACCGCCAACGUUCUUGACGAAUACAGACAGAUGAUUGCUGAGGCGACAUCAGACCUUCAAGACCAUCUGCAAGGGAUCAAUGAACGAGUAGAGUCACUCGAACAAAAGGGACCUGUCCAGGACUCAGAUGCCGACUUAAGCGUGAUUAUGGAAGAAAAGGAGAGCACGGAGCAGUGCCUCGCAAUUUGCUCCCAGGUCUCCAGAUUCAUAGAGGCAGCCCAAAAACGCCUGCCGCGGGGCUCUCACACUGAUCGGACUUUAUCCUUAGAGUCUGCAUGGAACAAAGCAUCCGAUUUGACGGGAAAGGCCCGGACGAAUGUGUUUGAAGAUGUGACCUCAUCCGACGAUUCCCACCAGUUGGUCGUGUCGACAAUCGGCGACCUAAUAUCAGCAAGACAUAUCAUCACAGGAGCCAGGUCUAUGCAGUGGCUAGGGCAAAUGUCUGAUGACACACUCCAGCAACUCUCCCGGAGCCAGAAGAACAUUUCCAGAGAGCAAGAGGACCUGGGGGUGUAG